AUGGAGAGCAUUCAGAAGGACCACGAUAGGUUGUGGGCGAAUGCCCGGCAGUCCAAGUUUCGAGGCCAGGCUCAGGAUGUCAUCGAUGCCCUUCAGCGGGCCCGGGAUGCCAUCGCUGAGGAUCCAAGCAAGGCUGCUGUGACACUAGCGAAGCUGCAGAACCCCAUCAAGACCACGUUCGACGCUAUGGGGCAAGGUCUGAAGGAGAAGAACACCGCACAGCUCAAGUAUGGAAGAGCUCUCGAUCGGAUCUUCAGGGACAAAGACAGACCUGGCGAUGAAGAAGAGGCUAUUGCCCAACAUCCUGCCCUGGUCAACAGAGCAAUCUACCUGCACAUGCUACGAGAAGGACUCUUUGACGUUGCUGCUACGUUUGCGGAAGAAACAGAUGCAAAGCAUCAGGCGCAGCAGGAUACAGCAAGGCGACAUGGUACAGAUGUGCCUAUGGAUCAUCCUCUCGGACUCGACAAAUCGUUUCCGGCGGGCAUGGAGCAACAAUUCAUCAAGAUGUACCAUAUCCUGGUUGAUCUCAAGGAGAAGCACAAUCUGCAACCUGCCAUCGACUGGGCGCGACAGAACAGCAAGGUGCUCGAAGACAGGGGCAGCAAUUUGGAGUUCGAGCUGUGUAGGUUGAAGUACACCAUACUCUUUGUCGAGCAAAGCCCAGCUCAUGCUUUAAUCUACGCUCAAACUGACUUCCAGAACUUCCGAGGGCGCUAUAUGACGGAGAUAUCACAGAUGUUGGCUGCUCAGGCUUAUGCGUCCAAUCUAGCCGACUCUCCGUAUGCAGGACGCUUCCACAAUUCAGCAUCAUUCGACGAAGUCGCGCAGGCAUUCUCCAAAGAGUUCUGCUCACUGCUGGAGUUAUCAGCUGAUUCACCAUUGUACCUCGCAGCUUCAGCUGGUGCGAUUGCCCUUCCACAGCUGCUCAAGCUGCGCCAGAUUCAGAAGUUGAAGCAUACCGAAUGGACGUCAGUGGGCGAGAUGCCGGUCGAGACGCCUCUACCACAGGCUUAUCAAUUUCAUUCGAUCUUUGUCUGCCCGGUGUCGAAGGAGCAGACCACUGACGCGAAUCCUCCGAUGAUGUUGCCCUGUGGUCAUGUCAUUGCACAGGAAAGUAUGCAAAGACUGAGCAAAGGCGCCAAAUUCAAGUGUCCCUACUGUCCGGUAGAGAGUCACCCAAAUAAUGCCAGACGAGUCUUCUUAUGA